AUGGCUCUUAGCGGAUCACCACUUGCUGCCUGGGACAAUUCGACUCGCGGUCUUGAUUCCGCUACAGCGUUCAAGUUUGUCGACUCGCUACGCACUUUGGCAAACCUUGGUGGUUCAGCUCACGCCGUCGCUAUCUACCAAGCUUCUCAGCAGAUCUACGAUUUGUUCGACAAAGCCAUUGUCCUAUACGAGGGCCGUACCAUUUACUAUGGCUCAGCAUCCAAGGCACGUGCUUUCUUCGAAAAACAAGGCUGGGUUUGCGAUCAGCGUCAAACUACUGGUGAUUUCUUGACUGGACUCACUAACCCUGCCGAACGCAGAGCUCGCAAGGACAUGGAAAACAAGGUUCCUCGUACAGCAGAAGACUUCGAACGUCUCUGGCUCGAGUCAUCGGCAUACAAGGACAUGCUUAAAGGCAUAGAGGAACACGAAAAAUCGGUCUCUGGAGAGGAGACCGUCCAAACCUUCCGCGCCAAUAAGGAAGAGUUCCAAGCAAACCAUACUCGCCUGAAGUCACCAUAUAUGAUCAGCGUGCCGAUGCAGAUCAAGCUGAAUACCAAGAGAUCGUACCAACGUAUCUGGAACGACCUUCCGUCAACGACAUCAGCUAUCGGUGUUAACAUCUUCAUGUCUCUCAUCAUUGGUUCAAUCUUUUAUGGUACAGUGGACGGUACUAUCUCCUUCAUGUCAAAAGGUGCCGUCCUAUUCUUCGCCGUCCUUCUCAACGCACUACAGGCUAUGAACGAGAUUAACAGUCUCUAUGCUCAACGUCCUAUUGUCGAAAAGCACAAAUCGUAUGCGUUUUACCACCCUGCUACGGAAGCAAUCGCUGGUAUCGUAGCCGACGUGCCGGUCAAAUUCGUCACCACCGUAAUCUUCGACAUCAUCCUGUACUUCCUCGCUGGACUUCGCCGCGAACCAUCUCAAUUCUUCAUCUUCUUUUGA